UUUGCCAUCAUCACAACUAAACAAUUAUUUGCCUUGUUUAUGGUGUUUUCAAGAGGCUUGUGUAUCGCUGCAGUGAGUUAUCAUCAUCAAGCCGAGUAGAUUUGGUGCUGCAAUAUUCGAAAAUGUCGAAGAGGAAACACUCCCUUUCCUCGCAAAGUGGACCGAGUGCCAAGAAGCCUCGAGUAUCUUUGCAACGGUUCACAUCACGUACGGAGGGAACACUGCUGACACUGGGCCAGGGAGAUAUGGGCCAGUUAGGGCUAGGGGAGGAUAUAAUGGAGCGCAGGCGACCAGCUAUUGUCCGGGAGUUGGAGGAUAUUCCGAUCAAGCAAGUGGUCUGCGGAGGCAUGCACACCGUGGCACUGACAACAGAGGGCAAGGUGUACACAUUCGGUUGCAACGACGAAGGUGCACUUGGCCGGACAGGUGACGAGGCACUGCCAGGUCUUGUUGAUCUCAAGGGUGAUGUGGUGCAGAUCUCAGCCGGCGACAGCCACACAGGAUUGCUGAUGGCCGAUGGCAGCCUUCUCGCGUGCGGUACCUUUCGGGAUGGAAACGGCAUUAUUGGCUUGACAGCGGACACCAAGAAGGCUACCGUUCCGACCGUGAUCUUUCCAGCCGACUGCGUACGAGUGUCGUCCGGUAGUGACCACAUGGCGGUGGUGAAAGCGGACGGCACCCUGUGGACAUUUGGUAAUGCUGAGCAGGGUCAGCUUGGUCGUGUUCCGACCUGUUUCUCCAUGCGUGGUGGUCGCCGUGGUCUGAAGUUCCUGUUGGAACCUCACCGGGUGGAGAUGCCACGUCAUCGCACCGUCACUGACGUCUACUGCGGAUCGUUUCACACGUUUGCCGUUGUGGAGCACGGCACCGAGGUGUACGUGUUUGGUCUGAACAACUACGGGCAGCUGGGACUGGGCGAUGUAGAGAUGCGAAACAUGCCGUGCCGCCUCGAGAACUUCCCGCCGGCAGAUGUGAGCGCCAAAGAGCAUGAGCCGCAGUUCUCCGGUGGUCAGCAUCACAGCCUAAUGCUGUACGGCGGGCGCGUGUACGCGUUCGGACGCUCCGACUACGGCCGGCUGGGCCUCGGCGGAAGCGACGUGGAGGUGACGGAGAUGACGCAAGUGCCAGGCUUGAGCAACGUGUCGCAUCUGACGACAGGCUCAGCCGUGUCUCUAUGUUGUGAUGCGGACGGUAAGAGUCUCUCAUGGGGCAUGGGUACUAAUAAUCAGCUUGCCUCAGAAGGUGAAGAUGACGUCGACUGUCCGACAGCAAUGAUUGGCAAGCAGAUCGAGAGUAGAAGAGUACUGGCCAUUUCUGGCGGUGGCCAACACACAGCCCUUAUCGUAGAGUAGCGGCGGUUGUGGCCAUGUUUCCCAUGCGCUGCAUGCAGCAAGAGAGCACUAGUUUAUUUACUUCUGAGGUACCACCGUCGAUAUAUUAUUGUGUCCUAUAGCCACAAGCCUCACCGUAUGCAGUCCUAGUGCUAACAGCAAUGGUACUACAUUGCAACUGUAAGCUAGCUACCGGCCAGGUGAAUCUCGUUUGAGCCCAUCAGGUCUGCUGUACCACACUACAAUGAACACACUCGGGUGACUGCUUCUUGACCGAGGUUUCUUAGUUUGUUGACCUCACAACGGCAGUCUUGCUUCGAUGCGGUAGAUCUCCGUUCGUCAAAGUCACCUAGAACAUGGAGUGGCAAUUUCUCUCUAGAUCCUUUGCCUAUUGCGGUAUUUAGCCUUUCCGGCUGCGUUUGGUCGCCUGUUUUCUCUUUUAGCCGUGCUCUCUCUCUCGCUCUCUCUAUCUGGUUGAGGGCUAGUGCCAUGGUAUUCAUUUUGGGAUGGUUUUUAUUGCGCCCUGGUAUCGCCGCUGUUUGAUUGUCUCGCUUGCGAACCUUUCAUUCACAUGUCUCAUACUUGUAACAAUAGGUGUCGGAGUGACUUGGCUUUCUUCUAUUUCCGGACCACCGCUCAUACUCAAUGGACAUGUGAACAAACUGCUGCAUCUACUGAUCUCGGGUUUUGUGUUUUCCACUCUCCUUUUCCUGUACCGUUAGCAACUUCUUUUCAAAAUCCAGUUUGGUGAUCUCUCUCUCACACUCUCUCUCUCUCUUUCUCCUCUCAGCUCUCAGCUACACCGGUUCCGAGUUGUAACCGCCUUGUGCAGCUAUUUCGUCAGUGUUUGUCAAAAGGCUUUUUCUUGAUUUGUAGUUUCUGCUCCAGGCCGUUGUCUGCCGCCUGGCAAUCAUGAAUCUAUUGUUAGAAUGUUUGACUUGAUCCUCACAUACAUGCUGUCAUGCAGAGACUCUUGUACAAUGUACAGCAACAACGGUUGCUAAACAAUGCUUCUGCUGCUGCUGCUGUUUCUGUCAUGCACAUUGAUAUGCACCACGGGUUUUUUUUUGUCAGAGCAACUCUUCUUCGCGACCAUGUCUGUAGCCUGCCUUCCGGCUGUCUUGGAUCUACACUGGUUGUUUUGAAGUGAUACAUAUCUGCGACUGGUG